CUCCCCUGACAAAUCAUCAAUGGCCAGGAACCUGUAGCAGACACACUCUAUUGCUCCCACCCACAUACAUUUUACAGAAGUCAAAAGUUCCUUUUUCAUUUUACAGUCAAACAGCGGGCCUACUUUAUUUUAUUUAACUUGACUCAGCUGAAGGCCUCCAAGAGUAGCUCAGGUCGUAAGUGUCUGCUAUACAAUCAGAGAGAGAGAAAUUGUAGGGUUUUUCGUUGAGUGAGAGGAAAUUUUGAAACAUUGUGCAAUGGUGCCGCAAAAGUUUUGAAAGGCUGUGAGAGUAUUUUUGUCUGCAAAACGUCUGAGAGUCGGACCGUUGAAGAAGAGGUCUCCAUGUUGCAUCCAUACAGAAUGGAGAGCUACCUCAUCCCGCCUCACUCAGAAGAAAUGUACGACCCUGAGAUCUACAGACAUCACAUUGCAGAAUAUUAUAAUUAUGGUAAUGUCCUCGACGCAGAUAUCCAUACAGAUCACUGGGAAUACCACCCUCACCCUCACGCACACUCCGUAGAGUUUGAAAACCUCCAAGAGACCAACUUCACAGAGCUGCAGAGUGUGCAUGCUCUCCACGCGCCCAGCCUCAUACGACACGACGCCAUACGGUACGAAGCAGAAAGCCUGCAGGAUCCAAACCUUGGGGCACAUCCACACGUGUUACAGCAGCCAGUAGCAUAUUUCCCUCGGCCUGUGUAUCCACAACAUGUGUCGCAGCGCAGCUCUGAUGAUGAGGAGCAUGGGGCACGAAGUCCCCUGGUGCUGGAGGUGUCUGAUGAGGAAUGUCUGAGAGAUCGGGUCCCUUAUGUCACUACAGGAGAGCUGGGCAAUAAAAAGAAGAUUCGUUUAUACCAGUUCCUGUUGGAUCUUUUAAGAGAUGGCGAUAUGAAGGACAGUAUCUGGUGGGUGGACAGAGACAAGGGGGCAUUCCAGUUUUCUUCCAAACACAAGGAGGCUCUGGCACAUCGCUGGGGGCUCCAGAAGGGAAACCGCAAAAAAAUGACCUAUCAGAAGAUGGCCCGGGCCUUACGUAACUACGGCAAAACUGGAGAGGUGAAAAAGAUCAAGAAGAAGCUGACCUACCAGUUCAGUGAUGAGGUGCUGGGGAAGAGUCAUCUGGAGAGAAAAUUCUUGUAGGCAGGAUGAGUACUCAAAUGUCACGAUUUACUCGUGGAAAAUGUUGAGGAGUAGUUUCUGAUGUAAGACAUUUAAUCAAACUUGCUAAUGUGUUAUUUUGCAUUUUGUGAAUAGUUACAUUACUGGUCUACUGUGGGGCCAAUCAUUUUGUACAGACAAACGGGAAGAGAUGUAAGGUUACACAGUAUGCAUAUUAGACCCUGGGUUUACUGUGAUACCCUGUAUACAUUUUUAAAUGUGGGUGCACAUACAAAUCUUUGGAAUUUCUUUAAGUAACUGUCUGUUUAUACAUUUUCAAUACCUGGUUCCAAGUUGUGUUUUAUGAAAUGUAGCUAUGAGGUCAGGAAGGCCUUCUGCCGCCUGGGUUUCACUCUCCCUGUUUUGGACAGGCUUAAGUUCUCUUUCAGGGUAAUACUCUAUGUACUACUCUAUGUGUGUAUAUAUAAUUGCAAAUUCAUAUUUAAAACAGUAAAGAGACACAAAUAAGUCAUUAAUGGGAUAGACUAACCUUUGAGGACCAUUAUAAAACCAUUACUAUGAUUACUUAUAUGACAAAUGUUUUGUAAAAAUACAUGAAACUCUGUAUCUCAUAUUAAAAAAAUGCUUGUAAUGAAUAAAUGUUCAUAAAAGUACAA